AUGAAGCUUCUAAAUACUACUUCGACCGCAGCGUUGGCUGGUCUCUUACUCCUAAUGCCUGCCGCCUUUGGAGCAGAAUAUUAUGAAUGUUGGGAUGGUGAAAAAUUCCCGGCUGAACAGAUCACACAUUUAGCAUCGAGAGCAACUGUUGGCAGAAAGAUUAGCAACGGCCCUGAUGUUCCUUAUGGACAAAAUCACAAAACACGAAAAUUUACUCGUGUACCAUCAGGAGUAGUCAUCACAACCUACUUGAUCCAGGUUGAUAAGGUAGAUUCAUCAAUCCGCUUGUUUGAAUUGACAAGUUCGCAAUGGUCUGCAUGUGGUUUGCAAAGUGAUUAUCAACAAACACUAGCUUGGCGCAAAGAUAUAUUUCCAUCGUGA